AGAUAUCCUAGAACAACGCGCUCUUCACUGUUUAAAGUUCACUUAAAUCAGUGCGCAGUACGGGUAUGGAUCUGAGACCGGAGCUACCCACAGCCUCCUCCGCCUCAUCAGUCCACCCUGGGGCGGCAGCAGCUGCCGCUGCAGCCUCCAUCCCGGUGUCUAUGGCCGGUAACCUGCUGCGCGGGCCUCCGCUUCUACUGCGGGCCGCGGACAAAUACCCACGCACCCCGAAGUGUGCCCGGUGUAGGAACCACGGCGUGGUGUCUGCGCUCAAGGGCCACAAGCGCUACUGCCGCUGGAAGGACUGUAUGUGCGCAAAGUGCACGCUGAUCGCCGAGCGGCAGCGCGUCAUGGCGGCGCAGGUGGCGCUCAGGCGGCAGCAGGCGCAGGAGGAGAACGAAGCGCGCGAGCUCCAGUUGCUCUACGGCACGGCGGAGGGACUAGCUCUGGCUGCAGCUAACGGGAUCAUCCCUCCGCGACCGAGCUACGAAGUGUUUGGUUCUGUCAGCAGCGAGAGUAACUCAGGUGAGUGGAAUUCCAGUGUCCAGAAGUAUGAUCUGUUCCCAAAGAGCCAGCUCUCCGGCUCCGCCACCCCUCAGCAGGCUGCGGGGAAACCGGCCUCCACCGAGAGUGACUCUGCCCCGGGCAUCUCAUCCCCGGACGGCCGGCACGGAGGCUCCGGUUCAGAGAACGGAGACAGCGAGUCCUUCAUCAGCUCUCCUGUCUCCAAGCCUCUGAAAGACGGAGGAGAAACCCCCGGCUCCGUCAGCUCCCUCGGCUCUGACUCCGGCUCCGAGACCGACAAAGACGAGCAGGAGCCCUCCCCGUCCUCUGCGGCCUCCCGCCACAUGAACGCCAUCGACAUCCUGACCCGGGUGUUCCCGAGCCACAAGAGGAGCGUGCUGGAGCUGGUGCUGCAAGGCUGCGGGAAGGACGUGGUGCAAGCCAUCGAGCAGAUUCUCAACAACAGCGGCGCUCAGGGCCCCAACAAAUCCGGGGGCGAGGAGACGUGGACGGCGGAGAGGAUGCUCCAAAACGCGCAGCAGGCUCCGCCAUCCUCUGCGUCCACAACCGCCCCGACCAGGCCCAUGUUACCCGGCGCCAUGACGCUCAGCAACCGCUCUGCCUUUUCCCCUCUGCAGCCAAACGCCCCGCACUUCGGAGCCGAUCCCAGCACCUAUCCUCUGGGCACCCACCUGGGACUGAACCCGCUGCGGCUGGCGUACUCCGCGCACAGCCGGGGACUGGCUUUCAUGACACCCUACUCCACCACCGGCUUGAUGCCCACCCUGGGAUUCAGACCCCCCAUGGACUACGCCUUUAGCGACCUGAUCCGGGACAGGACAAUGUUGCACAAGGAGCAGGGCUAUGCCGGGGGCCUGUACGGGCCUCUGGUCAACAACACGCCUGAGAAGCAGUGA